AUGACAAAAACCAUCACCACACCUAGCAGUUCUCUGUAUGGAAAGGUAUAUGUAAGAGGAAAUUUCUAUGAUUUCACACCAGACAUCAUCAACAGAUGCCUUGGAACAUCUGAGAUUGAACAAGAGAUUGAACUAAACAGUGAACAAGUAGCCAAGGAACUCACAGCAGGAAAUGUUAGCUUUGAAAAGAACAAAAUCAAAGCAGCUUCUCUGACCAGCAAGUAUGCAAUCCUACAGAAGAUAGCCCUUGCAAACUGGAUGCCCUCUCUCCAUGAAUCCACAGUGAAAUGGACCUUAGCAGAACUAUUAUACAAAAUAGGAAAAGGAGUAAAAAUCAACAUGGGUUCCAUCAUUCAUACACAAGUCACAAAUUUAGCAGAAGACACCAAAUCCAACACUUCCCUAAUCUUUCCAAACCUCAUUUCUUCAAUCCUGACAAAACAAGGCCUCAAGACUCAAGGACCCAUGACCACUGUCAAGAACUUCAACACAACUGUUAAACUAAGAAAGGGAAACCACCAAAAUGAUCUUAAAUCCACAGCCCCAAAGAAUAACCCACUUGAUUCAAAGACACUGAUCACUUACUUUGAAGGCAGACUGACAGAACUAGAAGCCUCAGAAAAAGAUCUUUUAAGAAAACACAUGAACAUCAAGGAAGAAAAGGCUGAAAUAAUAGAAUGGCUGGCAGUACUAAAGGAUGAAAUUGAAGAAAACCAAGAGCAAGGAACAGGAGAAGAUAUCCAAGAUCACUCUCAAGAACCAGAAAAUGAAGACAAUCAAGAUCAAGGAUCAGAAGAAGACAACCAAGAAAGAGAUGCUGAAACACCUGUUUCAACACCAGAACCAGACAACUAG